CACACAAAAAAAAUAUUGUAUUUCUUUGCAGGAGAUUUCUUAAUAGAUACAUAUUUUCAUUCGGCUUUUGAACAGAGAUGAUGUUUCUGAAACACACCUACCCUGGUGUAUUGAGAAGGCAACUCACUGUGACAGGCGAAACGAUUGCUUCACAUGCUGUUAUUCUCUUUCCUUGGUGUGUCCCGACUUUUCAUCUUUCUCUUGUUCUCUCCAUUUUAACUGAAGCGAGGAACAGAUGAGGGGCGGGGAAGGAAAGUGUAAAGACAAGGGGAGGACAUGGUGGGUUGAAGGAUUGAUAGUGAAUUGGAAAUUAAAAAAAUGAUUGUUGUGUGGCUUGUGUGUGCAAGGUGGCACAUGUCAAAGUGUCUCAGUGGAGAGGGGAACCAGUUUCGCCGGCCAAAGGCACAGAUUUGGUUGACUGGUGGUAAUUUCACACUCUGGAUUUGGGGAUGGAAUGAAGGGAUUUGAAGAGGACGUGUUCCAAUCUUCUGAUUGUGCAAGAGUAGGAGUCGAACAAGUGAUGCAAGAAGGAUGCAGGGAAAAAAGAUGGAGAAAAAAAUAAACGUUUUGAAUGUGAUAGCGGUGGUUCAGGAAGCUGUUACUAACAAGCUGUUCUUCAAGGAAGUGUUGACAUUUUCAGUGUAGGGAAUCUCGCCGUGCUGCUCACACUGAUGACUGCACAAGCAUGUUUUUAUGUGGCGUCAGUCAUCGCUUUGAACAGCAAGUUUUGCCCUCGACCCCCUCACAUUUAAAGAUGACACAACGUCAAGUCACCCUCACCUCACAAUACAACCUCCUGCAGAGACGGACAUCUGUCGGUUUACGUCAGCUGUCGCUGAUCCUUUCUAUAAUAUUGGAGAUUAUAUGUUUAUAUGUGUGAGCAGCUGCAGGAUGUCAGUUUUUAACUGUAGAGUCUGUAUGUUUUUAACAGCAUUUCAGAGACUGUGUUUGUAUGUUUUACAAUAGCUGAAAUAAAGCCACAGAAUACCGUUAACCCAAUAACAGUCCAAAUGUCUAAAAUAGAAAAUCUACUGUAUGUUAACCUUUAAACCACCGAUCGUAUUAUUAGUGGCGCAGUUUUUUAAAUCUUUUAAACAAACUCGAGGUUUAUUGAACAAACUCUGAUCAGCUGUUCUGGAACCAGUAACUCAGAGCUUCCCAUCAGUUAGUUCGUCGACUCAGCGUUCAGGGUUAGGCCCAUAGUUUGUUAAACCUGCUUUCUGAAACCGGGCCCACGUCUCCACCAACAGCAAGUUCACUGAAACACUCGACUGAGAUAUGAGCUUUGGAGGAGGAUCCAUAAUAACAGCGUCUGCCCAGCUACCAGUGUCGUUGAGCUUGUAUGUUCACUGGCGAUGAAGAAACCAGUAGUUGUUUAUAAUUAAAUGUCCUUGAAAGAGAAUUUAUUAAAGGUGUUUUUGUCUUUAUUUUCUGUUUUUAUUGUAGAAGUGUGUGUUCUGCCACGGCAAGACUGCCCAUCAGAACCGCGGCGCCUGCAUCCAGUGCUCGCACGAGAACUGCGCCACCUCCUUCCACGUCACCUGCGCCCAAAUCGCCGGAGUUGUCAUGAGGCCAGCCGACUGGCCCUACGUGGUGUCGGUCACCUGUCGCAAGCAUAAAAGGCUUUCCUCGAAGACCCGGACGACGUCCAAAGGCCCUCAGACGCUGACCCUGGGCCAGAGGGUGAUAGGUCGCAACAGCGACGGCUGGUACUACCACUGUACCAUCAUUGGCAUGGCAACGCAGACGUUCUACGAGGUCAACUUUGACGACGGCUCGUAUUGUGACAAUCUGCACCCAGAAAAUAUCUUAAGUCAUGACUGCUUGCGCACCGGUCCUCCUGAGGUGGGGGAGUUGAUUGUGGUCACCACACCCGAGGGUCAGGUUAUCAAUGCUUCCUUUGUCAGACAGCACACCCACAAAUUCUACCAGGUGAGGAAAAACACAACUCGUUUACAGUCAAACCUGUCUGGAAAGUCACAAUUUUAUACAAAAAAAAAUACAUCACGAUUUAGCUUUGUAAAUAACACAAUUGAUGGGUAAAUGUAUUUUUGAAAACUUUAUAAAAAACAAUCAUUUUCCUGAGCAACUGCUGUAAAAGUUUUUAAAAAAAGUUUGUACUUCCCAGCUACAAUGUGUGUAAAUGUAUGAACUUUUACAAGUAAAAUCUAGCUGGAAAAAACAUUUCUGAAUAGAGUUUUACAAGCAUGCGGUGCAGAAAGAGCUGUUAGUCAAGUACACUGUGAGCAACGACGUUUCAUAAUUAUCUGGUGCUCUUCUGCAGAGUGACUUUAAGUGAUUGAACCUGUAAACCUUUGGUAACAGGGUGCUCUAAUUUCUUUGCCACCCUCUAGUUUGGUUCCCUGAUUCUGAUGUAU